UGGAGGUGCUAUGAUCAAUCGGGGCUACGCAGAAACAACCGCUUUGACUUUAAAGGCAACUGCACACUGUUCGUCACCCACUACGCUAGGGAAUACAAGCAGUUGAUCGACUGGUCGACCUGCAGCGAGACAGAUGACCUCGAAGAGCAGAUACACAGCACCAGAACCGUCCUUAAUGCCAUGGGUCAGGCGGUUGAGAUGCGAGCAGAAGUGGGCAUUAUAUGAUGAGAAUAUAAUGAUGCUGGCGGAUCUAAACCCCAGAAUAGCCAUACAUAGGAUAACUCGACGGAAAAUUGCAACUCAAACUGUGCAGAUAGCCAAUCAAGAGGUCUUGCAAGAUCUGUCGCACACCUACAAUUGCAUGGGUAAGAUAGUAUGCACUGUUGACCUGGUGCAACAGACCAUCUUCUUUCUCAAUGAAGUUGCACCACCAGUGGGUCGCUUCUGGUAUGACUUCCUUGGUCAGCUUGUUAAGGCAUCUGGCCCGGAGCAAGUCAACGUGGCACAUGGGAGCUCAAAACAACUCAAGCUACCGGAAUUCAACGCCGUAAAAGCCAGUAAUACAAAAGGAGACGGCGGGAAAUAUCCUUCAUCUACGACACGUCCCAGGGGACACUUUCUCUGGCUGGACAAGACAGUACUAAAACGAAUAGCGAAGCUGCAUUUACCCCAGUGGCGGCGCAGAGCGAAGGCACGAAUACACAGGGGAGGACGGAGAGCAUGGGUGUAUGACAAAGAUCCCUGGAUAUUCCUCACUGGAUUGGAACUACGCAGACCACCUGCACUCAUUUUCCACGCAACGGGUGCGGUGAUGCAAUGGCAGAAACGACUUGGUGUUGGUGGCACAGCACCGACAGGAAAACAAAAGGAAACUCGAUAUUUGCCCAUUCAUGACGUCUUCACCACCUACAAUGGAUCUGGUACAAGCAUCACGAGCCAGAUAACUACCACGACCGUGGCCGAUGCAGCCCUGGGUGGGAAGGCAUUUGCCACCCUUGAAGAAGGACAUGGCUCUGGCUUCCUUGUCCGAUAUCAAGCAGGUGCACAUUUAGAGCACAACGAUUCUGCGGUACCUAUUUCCUAUGAAGAGUACAGACCUUUUAGCGUCAGCACCUGCCAGUAUCGGUGCAAGGGAGCGCCGCGGAAAUAUCGCUUCGCUUCUUACGAGCGCGACAAAGAAAACGGGCUUUAUCAUUGCGGCUUGCGGUAUUAUGCGCCUUGGAUGGCACGUUGGAUUUCUGCCGAUCCUGCUGUGACUCAUACGUGGGCAAAGUUCAAAGGGGGAAAGAAUCAUCUCAAGGGAGCCGACUUCAAUAUACGGAUUUCCGACAAGGACGACGUCAAGGAGAUUACUCUCCAAUACGAUAACCCUAUUGGAACUGCGCUACAUUUGUUGAGCCCUGCAAUCAACGAAGUGUCUGGGGAAUUUGGGGCUGGAUUAAAGACCCUUUGUGUCGGUAGCGCUGAAAAUGAAUUACUGCACGGCUUCAAUGGCAGCAGCAACAAGCAACUGUUGCUCCCCAGGAGGGACCGGAAAUUAUAUACUAUUGGCGCAGACGAUGCGAGUCAUAGCUCUCCAGCACGUGGCGCUGAGGGCGGCUCAGAUCCAGGAUAUAAGUAUGAGUUUCGAAUUGACUGGGAUGAGAGAAAACAAGCCAGAGAUGUCAAUAUGCAAGUAAGCCGGGGAAAGCAAAGCUAUAAAUAUGCCAUCUUCCACAAAAACCAACCGGACGGCCCGGAGCCUAUAGUACACGACCAACUGCUCAACGCAUUGCAUGAGGAAGCCAACACUCUUACCUUGUUGCAGAACAGGUUUGCGAACCGUGUUCAUGGGCAUACUAGUGGACAAAAGGUGAAGAGCUAG